UAAAAGAGAAUGGCCAAUAUUUUACCGUAUGAGCCCAAUGCGCCGGAUCCGAGGCUGGCUAGACUAUUGCUGAAUCGCUACGUUUUCGCCACCUGGCUCUGCUACCUGACCGAGUAUCAACUCUUGACAGUUUUUGUGAUCUACCAGCGAAUAGAACUCGACAACCCAGUCAACUGGCUGAAGGAGUGGCUGGACCAGAUUCUAUUUUCCUUUCACACUGUGGCACGCAUGCAGGUACUGGGCAUCCACAUGGUCGCCUACAGCUUGCUACUGGUCCGCCUGCACGAGCAGCUACCCAGUUGCCACAACUGGCGGCGGCAGCGCCUGCAGGAGGAGCUGCUAAUUAAGCUCUGUCUGCUGGCAAUUCUGAUCAGCCAGGGCUACUGGAGCAGCUGGUUUUACCUGAAGUAUAUAGUCGAUCUGAAUGCUGACAUGGAUGUCAGCUUCAUCGGGCACUAUCUGCGGAGGAACGGCGUCUUUUGUGGGCUCGUCUACUUUCUGACUGAACACUUGCCCUUUGGCAAGGAGGUGUGGCCGCUGCCGCUGAUACGACUGGAGAGUGCAACAUGGCAGUGGCUGCUCUGCCAUCAUUUCGAUCUAGGUCGUACUCUACCCCGCUCCCUGCUCUACACGAUUGGCUUCGCCGCCCUCUUCUGGCCCAACAUGAGUGGCGACCAUAGUGCCAGCUGCCAGCUGCUCUGCCUAUCCAGCUGCAUGGUCACGCUGAUCACGGUCAAGCUGAAUGCCAUCAAAUGCAUCUUUAGCACUGUGAUGCACGAGGAACUACCGCUUACUUUUCAGAAGCAGCAGGAGCAGUGGCUAUCGCCACAACAUACGCAGGAUGGAGGACUCCCCAUGUGCUUGGCUCUGAGAGUGGAUAUCCAGCUGCAUGGCUUCAGGCUGCAGGCAGCCAGGGACUUUUACAUGAUCGCGUCCGCGCCCAACGACGAGCUGUGUGAGCUAUUCCAACUGCGUGGCAUCUUGCACAGAAAGCCCAAAAACUGGAGGGCGUUGCGCAAUGUCCUCAUGGGCAACAUUUCGCAGUUUACGCAGUUGCUGAACGAAUGCCUAGCGAGGCCGGCGACUGAAGCGCAGCCUAGGCCUAAGCACCGGAAUACGCGCUGCCAGCCCAACGUGCGACACCUUGCGCCACCUGCACCAGCUCCAAAUUAUUGGAGUAGGCGCUGCGAAAGUGAGGAGCCGGGGCCAGAGCCACAGAAGCCCUCCUUCGUACCUCUUUUUGAGAAACUGGAACAGCAGCUGCGAAACUGUCAACUGUCGAAGCAGGUGCAAUGCUUUUACAACUGCUUACCUGUCUAUGCCACGCAGCUUAUGAGAACGGAUAAGGACGACUGCGAGGUGUGCGUGGGCCGGCCUUUGGUAUGGUUGAUUCCAGGACUCGUCUCUAUAUGCAUACGCUCCUUGACGGAGGACAAACAUGGAUCGCUGCAGCAGGAUCUGGCAAUGAUCUUCAAUGCCCUCAUCGGACUGGAAAAGCAGAUCGCCAAUCUUCUCGCACUGCUGGAACGGCGUCAACAAAAGCCAUGCCAAACACUUUGUGUGCUCUCGGAGACGAUAAGACUGGCUAUGAACAAACUAAUCUACCACUUCAACAAGUAUCUGAACUUCAUUUUAGGGGAUGAGCCACUAGUUGACUCUCUAAGAAAUCGUAAAUAA